AACGUAUAAAACGCCCGCGGCCCAUCGACAUCGGCAUCAUUUCAGUCUCUGAUCUCUGACCGUGAGCUUCGAAGAGCUUACUUUACUUACUUUACUUAUCCACAAGCACAAAACAACAAAAUCGACUUCAACAUGUCUCUCGAACGUCAAGUCCGCAUGAAGAUCAUGUCCAAGCGCAACCCCGAAGAGGAGCGCGAGGCACAGCAGUGGGUCGAGACCGUGCUCGGCAAGAAGUUCCCCGCUGGUAUGCCGAUCGAAGACGUCCUGCGCGACGGCACUCAGCUCUGCGAGCUGAUGAACAAAAUCAAGCCCGGCUCCAUCAAGAAGAUCAACACCUCCGGUGGAGAGUUCAAGAUGAUGGAGAACAUCAACAAAUUCCAAAAGGCCCUGAUCGAGUACGGCUUGUCCGACGUCGACGUUUUCCAGACCGUUGAUCUCUGGGAGAAGAAAGACAUCGCACAGGUCAUCACAACCCUGUUCGCUCUCGGUCGCGAGACCUACAGACACCCAGAAUACACAGGCCCACAUCUAGGACCCAAGCCCGCCGACGAGUGCAAGAGACAGUUCACCGAAGAGCAAUUGAGAGCCGGCGAGAGCGUCAUCGGUCUCCAGGCUGGCAGCAACAAAGGCGCCACCCAGGCAGGACAAAACAUGGGUGCGUCCCGCAAAAUCCUCCUCGGAAAAUGAAGCGAUUAUUCAAUUUUUCUCAACCAUAGAUGCUUAGUUUUAUAUUAGAUUUAUGUAGAAAAUUAAUGUAUCGAAAAAAAUUCAUUCUUGCAUUGUGAUUUUGGAGGUACGACGGAAAAGGACGCAUUUUCAUCCAGCUCGAUCUCUAUUAUCGCGUUUGAUUAUGUAUACACUUUUUACGUACGAGUUAAGUUUAAUUUAAUUUAUGUGUGGUUUUUAUCACGAUAAUCAUUGUAUAACACAAAAAUUGUGCGACAUUUUUUUUUGAAUAAAAAAAAAA